CCCUGUUCAAGACUCUCUCACAUACUUCCCCAGGUUACCCCACACACACUUACACCCACCGUCUUCCAUUCCCAUUGUGUUACCCCGCACUCUUCUUUUCCUUGGCCUCCUCUUCUUCUCCAUCUUUGCCGACAUCCCCGACACGACGUACGACAAAACUCAUGCCUACAGUACGAAAUCCGCCCAGCGCGAUGAGCUGCAAAGCGGGAGAAGCACAGCAAAUCCUACCACCCAUCUUUGACCCGAAUUGACCGAGCCCCAUGGCCCCCGCCAUCUGCCGAGAGACACUAUUUCACUGCGUCCCACUAACAAAUGCUUCCAGCAAGACCCUCCUAACAGUAGAAAUGACGAUGCCUCCAAGUCAAGGGGCUUUGCGGGGACCUCUGCUUAGGCUAAUCUUUUGAGUUCCGUCAAUCAAUCGAGCCCCGGCCUCUUGGGUCCUGGCCGAGCUGUUCGGCUUAGCGCAUCGCGACGCUUCAGCAUUAAAGGAGAUGCCUCCCCUUCCAUAAGCGAAGGUCCUGCGAUGCCCUCGACCAAGGCCUUGCUUCUCAAAUCCAGGCAUCAACAUCCAACAUGGUCUCCUCCAAGUCGCUCCUCGUGAGCUUCAGUCUUGUCGCUGGCACCCUAGCACAAUCCUGCUGGCGCAACGCAACCUGCACACACCCGACAGAAGCCUCCUUCCCCGGGCCCUGGGACGCGAACAACUUCGCACCCGACUCCCGCACCGCGCGGCCCAAAUCCGUCCUCUCCCUCUCCACCGGCGAACCCCUCACCACGUUUACGUCCUCCUCCUCCUCAUCCUCUGCAGUUCAAGUACUAAAGGGUAAUGGCUCGGCGCUGGUGUUCGACUUUGGCGUCCUUGUCGGCGGCGUCACAACGGUGAACUACACUCUCACCGGCGCUGGACCCGCAACUCUCGGCCUCGCCUGGACUGAAGCGAAGAACUGGAUCGGCGAGUACUCGGACAACUCCAACGGCAACUACCGCGGCCCCGGCCAGGCCCUCAUCUCGGACGACGGCGCGCUCUUCCACGACGUGACCGCCCCGGGCCAAGGGUCCUACACCGUCCCGCUGGCCCGCCUACGCGGCGGCUUCCGAUACCUCACCCUGUAUCUCGUGACCACCCCCAGCAACUCCACAACCAAGGCGGAGGGUGCGACGCUCUCCAUCGACGACGUCUCGCUCGAAAUCGUGUUCCAGCCGACCUGGUCCAACCUUCGCGCCUACCAGGGCUACUUCCACUCCUCCGACGACCUCCUCAACAAGAUCUGGUACAGCGGUGCCUACACCCUCCAGACCAACGCCGCGCCUCCCGAGACGGGCCGCGUGCUGACCGAGGACAUCUGGGACGGCGGCUGGUCCAACGACGCCUGGCUCGGCGUCGGCUCGUCCCUCCUCCUCGACGGCGCCAAGCGCGACCGCUGGAUCUGGCCCGGCGACAUGGGCGUCGCCGUGCCCUCGGCCUUUGUCAGCACCGGCGACCUCGAGUCCGCCCGCAACGCCAUCCAGACGAUGUUCGACUUCCAGCGGCCCUCAGGCAUCUUCCCCCGCGCCGGGCCGCCCUACCUCGACGCCACCAGCGACACCUACCACAUGUGGACCAUGAUCGGCGCCUACAAUUACGUCCUUUUCUCGGGCGACUUGGCCUGGCUCGCGAGCAACUGGGCCACCUACCUCCGCGCCAUGGAUUACAUCUACGCCAAGGUCCUGCCGGCCACGGGCAUCCUCAACGCCACGGCCACGGGCGACUGGGCGCGCUACAUCAACUCGAUGAACGGCAGCGCUCCCAAUAUGCUCCUCUAUCGCACCCUCACGACGGGCGCCUUCCUCGCCGACCUCGCCCCCGUCGGCAACGGCUCCAACUCAUCGACGACGGCGAACCUCACCGAGGCCUGGCUCUCGCGCGCCGAGACCCUCAAGGAGGCCAUCAUGACGCACCUCUGGGACCCCGCCAAGGGCGCCUUCAUCGACGGCUACAAGAACCGCACGCUCUACCCGCAGGACAGCAACAGCUACGCCGUCGCCUUCGGCGUUGUCGACCCCUCGGGCGCCGAGGCGGCGUCCAUCUCGCGCGUUCUGACGGAGAACUGGACGCCCAUCGGCCCCUCGUCGCCCGAGCUGCCGGGCAACGUGUCGCCCUUCAUCUCGAGCAUCGAGCUCGAGGCGCACUUCGUCGCGGGCCGCCCCGACCGCGCGGUCCAGCUGAUGCGCGACAGCUGGGGGUGGUAUCUGCAGCACCCCAACGGCACGGGUUCGACGGUUAUUGAGGGGUACCUCGCCGACGGCACCUUUGGGUACCGCAGCACGCGCGGGUACACGAACGACCCGAGCUACGUGAGUCACGCGCAUGGGUGGAGCAGCGGGCCGACGAGCACGCUGACCGAGUACCUCGUCGGUUUGCGCGUGACAAGGCCGGCCGGCGCCGCGUGGAGCCUGAGGCCCGCGUUCGGCGAGGUGCCGGAGGCCCAGGCCGGCUUCACGACGGCGCUGGGGCAGUUUAGCGCCCGGUGGAGGGUCGAGGGCGCCGUCGCCACGGUGGAGUGGGACGUGCCCGAGGGCACGAGGGGGUGGGUGGAGCUCGGAGGCGAGGAGGGAAGUUGGGUGGAUGGCGGGAAGGGGACGGCGAGCGUCCGGGUGAAGGGGUCGUGUGGUUCACGGUCCAAGAGACGGGAAAGGCUCGACUCGAGCGAGUGAGCGAGGCGAUGAUGACGAGGGCCGCACUCGUGGGGUUGAUGGUGAAGCGCUAGACUCCGACUACUGUCGGGGGAGGGGUGGGAAGCUGGAUACGAGAUGCCUCGUAACACGAGGCCCCGAGCGAUCCGAUUGCUCCAGUACCUACAUCUAGCUGAUGGGCGUUGAACAUGCUCUACGAGCUUAGUCGGGGCGGACUUCCCGGGGAGCCAAAAAAAUCACCACAGACUCGCCCCCCUUACGGAUCCCCGAAGUCGAUUCACUCUGGGACUCCGGGACGUCGUUUUCCCCCCUCCCCCGUCCGGGUGCCCGAAACCCCUAUGCUCGACUAGCCAGCAAGUCAAAACAGCAGUCCCGUCAUGAGUCCCUGGGCGGCGUCUGUGUGGCACGUCACGAAGUUCGGCCGAUGUGGGCGUCCGCCGUCGGGCUGUCUGAGCGGGCUGUGCUGGAUGGACAUCUGGGCCGCAUGUCGGAGACAAGGAGACGUCUGUCUGGAAGGGAACGAUUUCGGCAGGGUUGGUGUUGGGUAUGGGGAAACCGGGCCAUGGCAAAACGCUGCGGUCGCCUCAUGUGUGGAUCUAAGCCAUCUGAAUAGUUGACAAGUUUCGCUGGCACAAAUGUGCCAGACGCGUUGUGAAAAUCAACCCGCGCGACUCAACGUUGGUACAUGGCUCCUCCCCCCCCUCCCAAGUCGGAAACGGGAUAGGCGCCGUUGUUAGUCCCAACUUUGACGUGCGCCAAAGUCAAAGCCAAAAUGGGCGCCAGGUAGGCAGGCGGCCCCUGUUUCGAUGUUUAUUUUUUUUAUUCUUCUUUUUCUUUUCCAUCAGCCUUGAACCCCAGCCGGAGUCGCCGUCGGAAGGGUGGUCCCCCCCCCAAAGGACUAACUCAAGCCCGGGCCGGCAAUGGGUCAGGGCCGAUAGUUUUGACGGGCGUGAACGACAAGCGAGUAUAAUGCAGAAGAAGAAGAAAAAAAUGCAGGACAGGUUUCCUGGGUAUUCUUCCAGUAAAUAAGAGAUAGGCUGAUGGGUGUAGAUAGAUAUGCUAAUGAUGCCGUAUGCCCGUUUACAGCCGCUUUCCGUGAAGCGGCUGGAUGCUCGUCAGUCGGUAGUGUGUGUAAAUACGACGCAGCCGCUUGAAGCUGAUAUCAACAAAAUAAUGCUCUCUGUCUCUCUCUCUCUCUCGCUCGCUCAUUCUGGGUCAUUCUCGGGCAUAGCUCCCAAUUCCAGAGAAUCUUUUCGAGACGACCUCAUCCCCCGUUUCCAAAUACUCGUUACCAUGGGCGCAACAAAUAGCUCUACCGUGUCAGGGGCCAAGACCAGCGCUUGCUCAAGGCCGCAUCGCCCUCAUCAUGCUAUGCCAAAAUGAAAGGCGGGGAAAAUAAAGAGAAUUACCGCCGUUUCCCCCAUCUCCAAAACGCCAAGAACACCAAGCCUGAUUGAUGUAUUCCCAAAUUGAAUCAGUCGCCCCCGCAAACCAAUAAUAAUAAAAAAGACCUAGCUCCUCCGAGCAAAACUCCCUCCUCUUGUUCU